AUGUCUGAUGUGGGCAGGACAAGCCUUCAGAGAAAGGCCAGCCACGACGGAUCAGGCCAUGGAACGCCAGACGAGCGGAACUACGAGUACUAUGGCGAAGAGAGUUGGUGGGAGGAUGGGUAUCAUCACUUCGGCACGUACGACACCCCGUACUACGAAUGGCAGGAGGGAUCCGACGACAUCUUCGAGGUGGACCUGUACUCGAUGGUCUUUGUGCUCGAUGAGAAUCUGGCGCCGAAGGAUUUGUACACGGGCUUCGAGUUUGACGAGAAGUCCUUGCUAUUUGCGGUGGAGGCAGAUGACGUGGCCCCGACCACUCCGGCAGCCUGGAGGUCGCGGCCGCUGAAGAUCCAUCCCGAGCCGCCCCCAUUUCGAAGGGAGGGCGCACGGAGUGAGGCUUCCACGCCUGCGCGGAGUGGAGCCGCGACGGACAUCAACACGGGAGGAAGCAACACGCCAACAGGAGGCCGUACACCUCGACAGAAAGCAGCAACGCCGCCGAAGAUCGAAACUCCCAGUGCUCUUCCUCCGUCGCAAGUUCAAGUAACACCAAGGCCAGAGCCUCCAAAUGAGGACUCGGAGCCGUCCGGAGACGAGUUGGAUUCAGGCAGAACAAAUGCCAAAAUCCACAUCAGCAACCGGCAGCUGGAGCAUUUGAAGCAGAAAAUGCAGGCGCUGAAACAGCGCCGAAUCGUGCCAGAAGAGAAGGAAAAGCUCCAGGAAAAAGUCAAGGAGCAGGAGGAGGUCAAAGAGAUGGAGAAGGAGACAAAGGAGACGAAGGAGACAAAGGAGACCAAGGAGACCAAGGAGAAGAAGGAGAAAGAAAAGAAGCCCGACGCCGAGAAAAAGCCUGACAAGGAGCGGGGCGAGAAGGCUGAAAAGACCGAGAAGACAGAGAAGUCCAAGCCGAAGGAGAAGGAGAAAGCCAAGACGGACAAGAUCGAAAAGGACAAGACGGACAAGGAAAAGGUGGACAGCACAAGGACAGAGGGGACUGUUCACUCAAACUGUCCUGGAGCGCACGGGCUAAGUCUCUUCAAGACUCCAGAGCGUGGUUGGUGGUGCAGUGUGUGCGAGAAGGAGCACAACAAGGGCUCAGCCUUUUACGGCUGCCGCAAAUGCGACUACGACGAGUGCGAAGCCUGCGCCAUGACACCACGGCCAGCUCCAAAGGCGGAGGAAGAGAAACCUGACACUCCGAGUGCCAAAACCCCUUCACCUCGGAAAGGAGCGAAGAGCGCGCCGAGUGCGAAGAAAGGUUCGUCGAGCUCUAGCUCCACGAGUGAGCACGAGACCUCAUCUCGCAGUCCCAAGGACGCGAGAAAAAAGGACACCAAAAAGGCAAGUUCCAAGGAAAGCAAGGAGAAGGAGACCAAAGAAAAAGAGACCAAAGAAGCCAAGGUGAAAGAUCCCAAGGAGACGAAAGAGAAAGAGGGUAAGGAGAGUAAGGAGAGUAAGGAGAAGGUGAAAAAGGGCGAAGCCAAGCGCGAGGCCCGAGACAAGCGAAAGGCUGCCAAAGUGAAGGUCAAGAAGACGGUCAAAAGGCCCUCUAAGACUGCCAAGUCCAAGUCUAAGUCAAAAUCCUCAGAGAGGUCCAGCGAGGCGAAGACCAAGCGUGCGAAGAGCACUUCGGAGCGCGUGAAGGACCCGAAGCUGGUUCCACGCCGGGGGCAGGAGCGGUGGGAGCCGAAGCGGGCCAAGAAGUCAGCCGAGGCCAAGGUGUCGCCCAAAGCCUCGCGCUCAAGGGACACCUCGUCCCCGCGCAGCGAGGAGCCCCCAAAGAAAAGAGCCGCCAACGCGCUGACGGUGUCCGAGCAGAGAGCCCCAGCGGUGAGCCUCACGCGUGCCACGGCAAGGCGCGAAGAGCCCCGGGAGGAGGCUCGGCGGCCCAGAGGAGAUGGAGCAGAUUUGCUACGCAGGGUGCUGCGGGCAAAUGGAAUCCAGGCUGGCGGUCGAGCAAAGGACGAGCCUCGGGCCACGUUGGUGCCUUCCCGGAAGGAGGACUCAUCUGGUGAGAGUCCUCCGCGGGGUGUGGCAACCUUGAGGCCUCCUCAGGACCGCAAGGCGCUGGACGGCCGAAAGUCGCGGAGGGUCUGA